AUGGAUUAUACAUUAGUUAAGGGUAGGGGUUGUUACAAUGGGCUUGGCCAAAUAAGAGAUACUGUUGAUGGUGUUCGAGAUGGUGUGAAGUACUUGAAUGCAUCAAAAGCACGUCUUAAUCAAUUUAGUGAGAUUGCUAAGCAAUUGCAGUUGCCUUCAAAAAAAUUGAUUUUAGAUUGUCCAACCCGGUGGAAUGCAGAUUAUAUGAUGUUGUCUGUUGCUUUGGAGUUUAAAGAUGUCUUCCCUAGAUAUCAAGAAAGGGAUCUAAGUUUUGUUUACAUGUCUUGCCUUGAAGAUGGGGUGAAAGUUGAACCUGUAUGUCAAUUUUUGGCAAUUUUCAAUGAAGUCACAAAUAUUAUCUCCGGGAGUGAAUAUCCUACUUCUAAUUUGUUCCUUGUAGAGGUUUGGAGGAUGAAAGAAAUAUUGAAUAACAAGUCAGUGGAUGACAAUGACUACAUUAAGACAAUGGCUUUGAAGAUGAAAAAAAAAAAAAUUGACAAGCACUGGGGUGAAUGUAAUUUGUUAAUGGCUAUAGCUAGAGUGUUGGAUCCAAGAUUCAAAUUGAUGCUUGUUCAGUUUUGUCUUCCAGAGAUCUACCUUGAGGCAGAAGCUACUAGAAACAUUUAUGAGGCAAAUGAGAGAGUACCAGUGAUGCAGGCACAUGCUAUGCCUGUAAAUGAGGGUUCUAGUGUUGUUGGCAAUCGAAAUGAUUUCGAUGCUAUUAAUAACACUAUGGCUCUUAGUACACAGGCCAUGACUGCAGUUUCCAAUAUGGCGCGACGAUUACAAGCAAGAGUAGAAGAAAAUCAGUAA